UGACUGACGAGGGUACCAACCCGACAGGUCAGUCACAUUAAUGGCGCCUCUCGUCUUCGCACUCGUCUCUCUUUUUUCUCUGUGCUUCUGCCUAGAACUUUUACCUCUGUUCAAGAACUAGUCAACAGUCAGCAACUCAACUCACGAGCACAAUGGCCAUCGACAUGCCACAGGACACCCAGCCUCAAUGGCUCGCGAACAACGGCGCACCAAGGCCUCGAAAUACAAAGAAGCCAUGGCGCAAAACACCCCUCAUUGAGUCCACGAGACUCUCUGAGAAAGCAGGCUGAAUUUUCCUGAAGCUCGACAACUUGCAACCUUCGGGCUCCUUCAAGUCUCGCGGGCUGGGAAACCUCGUCCUCAAAUCCUACAACAAUGCACCCGAUCCGCUUCGACUGCACUACUUCGCUGCCUCGGGCGGAAAUGCUGGACUCGGCUGCGUGUAUGCAGCCAACUUUGUGGGCCAACCAGCGACCGUCGUCGUUCCUGUCACUACGAAGAAACAUAUGAUCGACAAGCUUUAUGCCGCCGGCGCGAAAGAAGUUCUUCAACAUGGAGCCAACAUCGCUGAGGCUACAGCAUAUGUUAACGAAGUGCUGAUGCCACAAUCGAGAGAGAACGGCGAAGAGCCAUUCUACGUCGAUCCUUUCAACCAUCCCGACAUCUGGCAGGGCCACGAAAGCAUCGUCGACGAGAUGCGUGAUCAAUUCGAAGAGAUUGGCGAAGAUCACCCUCCAGACUGGAUCAUCUGUAGCUGCGGUGGUGGUGGACUCUUCAAUGGAGUCAUGGGUGGCAUCGAACGACAAGGUCACACAUGGGCCAAGACAGGUGUUAUUGCUGUCGAGACAGAAGGAGCGGACUCUCUCAACAAGGCUCUCGAGUGGAACGAGCACAAGGCAAUCGACAAGAUUACCUCUAUUGCUACAUCACUAGGCUGCGUGAAGAUCAGCGAGCGAACCUGGGACAUCGUGCGACCGGCACUGAAGAGCGGCAAGGCCAAGAAUAUUGUCUUGACUGAUGCCGAAGCUGCCAUGGGUAGCUGGAAGCUCGCUGAAGAGGAGCGCAUCAUCGUGGAAGCCGCCUGUGGUGUCAACAUUGCUCUUUGCUAUGGUGGAAGAAUGGAGAAGGUACUCGGUCGUCCACCACGACCAGAGGAGAGCUUCGUCAUCGUCGUCUGCGGCGGAUCCAACGUCUCGACAGACAUGAUCGAAGAGUACAAACGCACAUACCGACACCUGGUCGAGCCCAGCUUGCCCGGCACACCAAUUCGCUCGCCUAGCCCUAUCAAUAUGAACACCAUCGAUCACGGCAAGAAGGAUAGCGUUCAAGGUUCUGACUCGGAGCCCGAAGACGCUGAGUUUGUUGGGCGAUACAAAGUCCCCAAAGGGUAUGCUGGACAUGCUUCGAUGGGAGAUGGCUAUACCGGCUUUCACAUUAAUGAUUAUGCUGUGAAGCCACACAAGCCUUCGAAGCAGAAGCGACCUCAGAAUGUGAUCAUCUGUUGAUUAGCGUACUGCAAGACACUGGCAUGCUGGAUGGUAAUUGGCGUUGAGCAACCAAGUGUAAUUGGCGUUUUGUUCUGCUUCACGAG